GCCCUGCUUUAAAAACCCUUCAUACUGGACUAUGUUCACCCUUUAAACUUGUGUGUCGGAGCAGCCACUGCAAAGUUUCAGCUCUAUGUUGUUGGCCGAGCUGCUUCAUUGUCCCACUUAGUUACUACUGUAUCUGUCACUCACUGGAGAAGAAUGAAACACCAUGACUACUGAAGUAAACAAGCUUAAAGUAGCUCUGUGUAUAGCCUGACACACAUACACACAGUCCAGAGAAAUGCAGACAGUAUAGAGUUUGUACCACAUCUUGUGUUUAUAUCUUCCACAUGUAAGGUAAGCAGUACAUUAAAUAACUUCCCUCAGAGCUGUUUAUAGGCUGAUAUGUUGUGAUAUUCUCUGCCGUGGUCAUUUUUUACAGUAUUUGUUGCACCAGACACCACAGAUUCAGAGCUGCUGGUGAUGCCAGUGAACCCACAGCACAGCCAGGAACCAACAGAGACAAUGUUCAUUGAAAAUGUCAUCCUACGACAACCCCGCCACAACCAUGGAUUCUUUCAGCGUGCUCGGCCCUACAGGGGGGAACCACCAACAGUGGCAGGGUUUCUCCUCUACCCAGACACUCCUGCCAAGAUGGAGACCACAUCGCGUGAAGCUUUCUGCUUCAGACCGAUCACACAGCCACACAGAAGCAAAGGAGAACAUGUGGCCCUGAACUCACAGCAGGAGUUCCUUCGUUCUCAACCCACAUCCUUGAGACAAACAGGAAGGGGAAACAGCAGCAAGGACAGGGAACCGGGGAAAGACAUGCAAGAAGGUGACCUUGAUCAGAUACAAGACACAACAGAGUUGCAGUCUCAAUAUCAGAAGGAUUUCCCUCCACCCUCCUCCUGCCGCAGGAGGCGAACACCUGCCCUCCCACAGCCGGAUAACAUCGGCAUCAACCCUGCCUUCAGGAUCGAGUUCAGGACGGUCCAAAGAGAGACUUACCCUGGAUGGCCCAUCUUGAAUCCCAGGUGUGCUGCCAGGCUGAGAGUGGCCUCGUCUGGAAACCCAAACACGACUUCUGAGAGAUAAAGUCUGUAAAAGAGCUUUUCAAAGUGGGAGGUGGGCCUCCCUAGGGAAGCUCCAACCAGUUUCAGGGGAGGCUCAGUAAUAAAAGAGAAAAAAUAUUACAUUAGUUAUUAAAAGAACAUCACAUAGAAUAGCCAAAUAUGUGGGAUUGGGUUGAAGAGACAGUUCAGAGAUAAAGUCGUUUUGGGGAAUUUUACUGUAUUUCCCAGUUUCUCAGAAAAUAACAAAUGCCUUAGGACAGAAUUUUUUAUGUAUUAUAUGUAGUCUGAAGUAACAGUAAAUAUUAGGCUAUAUUGGCUCAAUUGUUGAAUGUCUAUGAGAUCAAAUAAUAUAACCAUGAUCCCAUAGGCACCCAGGAACUGAGCGAAACUAAGCAAGUAAUCUAAAGGGG